AUAACGCUUUACAGCUCGGCGUCCGAAGUCGCGACUACAGCCACGCGAUGGAUAGAUCCGGUGACUAGUGCUGAGCCCGAAAUGCGAAGAUCCGUGAGCGAUAACGGUCCAACUGGAAGCGACGGCGUGCCGAGCGACACGACCGAGGAUGACUGGUCCCGCGGUAGCGCUGAAGAUCCGGACGAGGUACCAUCACCGUCCAGCUCGCCGUCACCGUCACCAGCUGAACCACCGGAACACACUGGUCCGAUAACAGAACUCGAUCGCAAGGUGCGAAGAGCCACCGAGGCCGUCCAGAGACUUUGCCAGUGCCCGUCGGAAAAGUGUUCCAAGCUGAAAGUGCGCAAGGUCGGCGAAGGCCGCUAUCAUAUCGCUGGACGUAAUGUCUUCAUAAGGCUUCUCAAAGGGAGACAUAUGAUGGUGAGAGUGGGCGGCGGGUGGGAUACCCUGGAGCAUUUCUUGGCGAGGCACGACCCUUGUCAGAAAUGCAAGGGUACAAUAUGCAAAGGAAUACCAAAGCAAAGAAACACGCGACGAAUAAUGUCGGCUCGUUGAGGCUAUCUAAUUCAUCAUUCGUGAUCCGUUCGUUGUUCAUGUUGGACUGCGCUAUGGAAUGUUAUUAUUACGGUAAUCGGUUCAUCGCUUUCGAUUAUCCUUUGCGAGAUAGAGUCAUGCAAUUUGCACUGUAAUAUAAGGAUAAGUUUAACGAAUUAUCAUCAAAUAUGCAUAGGGCCUUCCGUUACACACCUACAAUUACUCGUGAAGUUACUUCUUACACAUAACUAAACCGCCUUGCCUAAUUAAUGCAAUUUCGCCAUAUUAUGUAACUGUAAAUACGUCGCUAUGAUGUGUGGAAAACAGUUAAUUUAAGUUAACCGUACCUGCUUUAUACACAGCGUUAAUAUUUAUUAGCGGAUUUUGCAUAUUAGUUACAUAUAUAUUCUAUGUGUGUAAUACAAGUUGUUAAUUUAUAUUUUGUCAACCGUCUUUUUAUCAGAAAUUAAAUAAGAGACGUUUGAACUUUUCGGUAUGCGCAAAUAUAACAAUGCACAUAUCGUAGAAAGUAGAAGAAAUUAUAUUUUGAUGAUAUUGUAAUAUAAUCAAUUUAGUUGGAUUAUUGUUUAUAAUAAGGCGUUAAAAUAGUCUAAUCGAUAUAUACAUAUUUUUAAAUGGACUACCAUUAGGUACCGUUUCAUUGUAACGAUUCGACUAUUAAUUAGCAUUGUAACAGCAUUAUAUCGCGCAUAUUCAGCUUUUUGUUCGUAAUAAUUGUCCUAAACUUUUGUAAGUUUUAAGAUUUUAUUAUGUAUACACAUAUGUACACACACACACACACA